CGUGGUUCCAAAACCAAACACACCCGUCUUCUUCGAAACGACUCCUCCAGAGAGUUCGAACCCAUCGUCGCGUCGCCGGAGAGAGAUGGUGGUGAUCGAGCUGGAGCCGGAGCCCGAGCCCGAGGAGGCGACGCGCCCCUCGCCGCCGGUUCCCGAGGAGCAGGUGGCCACCGAGGCCGCCGGGGAGGCGGCGCGCCCCUCGUCCCCGCCGGCGCCCGAGGAGCAGGCGGCUGCCGCGGCCGGCGGGGAGGCGCCGAGGGCGGAGGAAGGGGAGGAGGAGGAUGCCUUCGAGGACGCGCUCACCGACGAGCAGCUGCGGGAGAAAGCUAGAAGCCAAGCAAAUGAUGCAAAAGCAGAAGGAAACAAGCUUUUCAGUGCUGGACAAUAUGAGGAAGCAUUAUCACAAUAUGAAAUGGCUCUGCAAAUUGCUGCGGAGCUGGAAUCUGCUGAGGAUAUACGCUCCGCAUGCCAUUCAAAUCGCGCUGUAUGCUUCUUGAAAAUGGGGAAACAUGAUGAGACGAUUAAAGAAUGCACAAAAGCACUUGAGCUCAAUCCAUCGUACCUGAAAGCCUUGCUUCGGAGGGCAGAAGCACAUGAAAAACUCGAGCACUACGACGAAGCUAUUGCUGAUAUGAAAAAGGUUAUUGAACUGGAUCCUUCAAAUCAACAAGCUAAGAGGUCACUGUUCCGGCUUGAACCCCUGGCAGCUGAGAAAAGAGAAAAGAUGAAGGAAGAAAUGAUUGCAAAGUUGAAAGAUCUGGGGAAUUCUGUGCUGGGGCGCUUCGGAAUGAGUGUUGACAAUUUCAAAGCUGUACAAGAUCCAAACACAGGCUCUUACUCCAUUCAGUUCCAGAAGUAAACGCAAGGUGAAGAAAUACAGGGGUGAAUAUGGCUGGGAGGCAUAUUUCAAGUUAAUGCACUCACUGGACCCUUCAUUGUAAUUGUUCAAGGUGCUUCCGCGUCACAAUCAUAUACAUGGUCCAUGUUGUUCACGGACACCGUUCCCCUGCAAGAAUCCUGCAAAUCGUUCUGAACACGAGGGACCCUGGGAUAUUUUGUUUGCACUUGUUGCACGUUAGAAGUGAUUUCCCGAGUGCGAACUUGUAUGAUAAUCAUUGCGAACUUCUGGUAUUUUCCCCGAUACAAAAGUCGCCUGAGAUGGAACAUGGAAGUUUUCCCCUGUUGUGAAAGGCUUCUCUCUCUUUUUUUCCCG